GAGGGCUAUGGUCCCUGUUGGACUGUAGUUUAAUUGGUCCUUUUGGACAGAUUGGUUUGCAUGUCCCAAACAACCCAUCCCCUUCUGCUGAGCUACAGUGGGCUGGCUAUAAGAGCUUACUCAAGCACUCACUGUUAACCAUCCGGCAACACCAUACUAUGAGGAUAUGUCAAAACACUUUUUUCCUAUUCGAGGGGGUAUUCCGAUGCAAGUUCUGACCUCAACGGCUGUCCAUGAGCACAUAUUAAACUGUAGGCUUAUUAUCUAAGGAAUACUAAAUUCAUUGUAAUUGGGUUAUACUUUAGUUUAUAAUGGCUUUUACAAUGCUUCGGCCGGUGGCAACUCACCCCUUCUCCUCCUACCCUCCUGAUCUCAACAUGAUCUCGGACGACGAGGAGAACCGCAGCGAGAGCGACGGCAGCUCUGACCAGAGCUAUGAAUGCUGUGCCUCUUCAGAUAAGACUUGUCGGCAGCUUUCCCGCAUGGUGGGAGUCGGUGGGGUUGUUGUGGUCAAACAGCGCAACACAGCCAACGCCAGGGAGCGAGACCGGACCCAGAGCGUCAACACCGCAUUCACCGCGCUCCGGACACUCAUACCUACCGAGCCGGUGGACAGAAAGCUCUCCAAAAUUGAAACGCUCCGGUUGGCGUCCAGCUACAUCUCACACUUGGCCAACGUUCUGGUCCUUGGUGACGGGCGUGAGGAUGGGCAGCCGUGCCUGAGUGCAGUGUACCGCGCGCAAGGACAUGGAGAGAGGAAGCAACCCAGAACUAUCUGUACCUUUUGCUUGAGCAACCAGCGAAAAGGGGGGAAAGAUGGUCGGGGUUGUCUGAAAAUGCGUGGAGCCAGUGCACUACGAAUGAGCCGAAAAUAGACGGCUCUCAGACUUCAAGGAUUGUUGAAUUCAAGUCAGCACCUCAGGGAAAAAACUCUAGCUAACACACCCACUGUACAUAUACCGACACAUAGACCAGAAUGCCCUCCAACUUUGGGAAAAGACUGUCAAAAAGACGCGUUUCAGGAAUUUGUUUGUGUGAGAAAAGGCUACUCCUCUCUGCCACAAUGCUGGUUAUGGAAAAUGUGAUUUUGGAGGAACAUUGUCAUAAAUGACACUUUAUUUAGUUGCCUUUUCAACAUCAUUUUGAAUUUUGCUUUAAAAUUCUAUUUUUACAUAGUUGUCCCUAGUCUUUAUUUCAGCUCCUCAAUACCAACAAUAUUGUGGUGUUAUUUUGAUAUAACUUACAAAAUGUCUACCAACAAACAGAUUUUUCUAAAGAUAAAGUAUGUCUGGGAAUGUCCGAUACAGUUGACCUUAUCCUUCGGCAAUGCUAAGGAAUCUUUGCUAAGGAAGUGCGCGAGAUAGGGCCUUUCCAAAAUUUCUGAGAUUGGCCAACCAAAGGCCUUUUGAGCCUAAUAAGGAUAGGACAUGCCAGUGUGUGAGGAAAAGCAUUAAUCACUCUGAAACAUCACGCUCUGAAUUUGCUCUAAAAAGUUCAAGGGAAAACAGGAAAGGCAACAUGAAUAGUGUCGGUAGAUCUUUUGUCAAGACUAAUGAUUACUCAUGGAAACUAUCAAAACGUAUGGCACAUUGCUGGACCGAUCCCCAAUAUCAGGAAAAGAUGGUAAAAGCCAAAGGUAAUGAGUUGAACAAUUGGUAACACUUUAGUUAAAUCCUGCACUUUAGGUAAAUGCUUUAUAACCUGUUUCUGUAAACACAUAUAGGAGCCUCUAUUAAUGUCUUAUAAUAAGGCUUAAAAAUGUCAUGUCUCUAUCUAUGAGUUGUUUUUGAGGUUGGUUCAGUUUCAGAUCGAUUAUAACACGUUUUUUAAUCAUGGUUUUCGAUUUCAGUUUCUAAUAUAAGUGUUACAUUAAAUGCACUAUGCAUUAUGUGGGUUGAAUGCUGUAACACAGAAUAACACAAUUAAUACAAGUCAAUGGAUGGUUGUGACUGCCCAUUACUGCUUAUCACUUAAUUGACCAUCAUUUAUUCAGAUGAAUUUCAUAAAAUAAUUGUUUUAUUUGAUGCCUUUAUUAUUUCAGUCAUCAUCUUAUCUCUAUAGAGCAGCUGCCUCUGCAAUCUGACAAAAUCACGAUUUCAGUAGUUCUUCAAAGUAAAUAAGGCAUACUUUUACGACUGCUGAAUAAUUAUCAAUCGCUUAGAUCAUUCAUUUUCAGGCUCAUGAAGCAACUGCUUCCCUCUCGAUCUCUCUUCUGUCUCCGUGUCUGCGUCACACAAGUUUAAAUUGAACCAACAUCAGUCAAUUGUUUGUUUAAAAACCAAAAAAUAUGUUGGUUUAAUUGCUCAGCACUACUAUAUAUGUAUCAACAUUUCCACGGACUCAAACUCAUUAUGAGAUGAUUAAAAGACAUUAUAAAUGGGUCAGUCAUGCAUUUUCAAGACAAGGUUUACAAUGAUUAUCACAUAAUGCAUUUUCUCUGUUGGCUUAAAGUAAAGUGUUACCAAUUGAACAAAUUCAGUGUUUGAGUUUCAGAUCCAUGUCUAGCAAUUCGCAAGUCUGCAGUAAAGUGCACUUAGAGUAUGAACCAUUCAAUGGUUUUGGCUUAUUGAAGCUGUAUUUCAACAGCUGCAGAGGAUCCCAGUAAGCAGUAAGCUGCAGGGCUUUAACACUGGUGUGUUUGAGUAAAUCUUGCUGGUUUUAAUGCACAUGUGCUAUUAAUUAGUCACACCUAAUAUCACCUAGCAGCCUGUGUUGAGCAAAACACAGCUGCUGAUAUGUUAAUGGCGUAAAUCACAACUCUCCGGAGCUGGAGAGGUAUGGAGGGGUCAGAGAGCUGUGUGUGUGUGUGUGUGUGUGUGUGUGUGGAUGCGCGUGUGUGUGCAUGCCUUUGUAUGUCUGAGUGUGUCAGUGAGAGGGAGAGAAAGAGAGUUUAUAAGAGGUGAGUUAUUGUUUUGUAAAGCACCUCUAAACCUGUGUAAAAUGAGAUUUAGUCAUUUCUUUAAGUCCUCUGUCAUAAAGCCAACUUGUAAUUUCAAAUAGACUUAUAUGAUGUAUUUUCCUCAUAACACACAUGCUGUGACAUUGUUUGAGUGGUUGGUUACCUCAACUCUGAUAAUAUAAGGCAAAUAAAAGAAUAUCAGUAGCCUGGUUGUCUGUCUGUUAAGCUAACAUUCCACUCCUUGUACUCCAUGUUAUGUGCCGUGGAGUGGAAUGUUAGCUAAACAGACUGGCAAUCAGGCUACAAUAUCACA